CUGCAUGUGCCUAGUCAAAGCUGCGUGAGGGGCCCAGUCAGUCCCUGCAGCUUUGGAUACGUCUAGAUUACUGUCCUCUCAUCUGUGGGACCGGCCACCGACCUCGACUUAGCCAGCCUCUGACUCACCCCACUAGCGGCCAAAUGACUGGAAUUCUACACCACCCCUAAGCUCUUUCCCCUCCUCUAGUGGUUGCUGGGAAAUCCCUACCAAAGACAAGCAGAAGGCUCACGAAGGGUCACUAGAUGGGAUCCCAGACUUGGAAUUUGUUUCUUAGGAGGCACUGUCAGCAUUCCUGAUACCAGGCUGGAUAACAACCAUCUAUCUCUUCCGGGGUCCUGUUUCUUUGGGGAGAGCCAUGGCUCCAAAACGAAAGUCUUCCGUGCAGACAGAGGGCUCCAAGAAGCAGCGACAGGGGACAGGCGAGGAGGACAGCUUCCGGUCCACUGCUGAGGCUCUCAGAGCAGCGCCUGCUGAUACUCGCAUCAUCCGUGUGGAUCCCUCAUGUCCACUCAGCAAGAACCCCGGAAUUCAGGUCCACGAGGACUACGACUGUACCCUGAACCAGACCAACAUCGGCAACAACAACAACAAGUUCUACAUCAUCCAGCUGCUGGAGGAGGGCAGUCGCUUCUUCUGCUGGAAUCGCUGGGGCCGAGUGGGAGAGAUGGGCCAGAGCAAGAUGAACCACUUCGCCUGCCUGGAAGAUGCGAAGAAGGACUUUAAGAAGAAAUUUUGGGAGAAGACUAAAAACAAGUGGGAGGAGCGGGGCCACUUUGUGGCCCAUCCCAACAAGUACACACUUAUAGAAGUCCAGGGAGAAGCGGAGUCCCAAGAGGCUGUCGUGAAGGCCUUCUCUCCGCAGGUGGAUGGCGGCCCCGUGAGGACUGUGGUUAAGCCCUGCUCCCUCGACCCUGCCACCCAGAAGCUUGUCACCAACAUCUUCAGCAAAGAGAUGUUCAGGAACGCCAUGUCCCUCAUGAACCUGGAUGUGAAGAAGAUGCCCUUGGGAAAACUAAGCAAGCAACAGAUUGCCCGCGGCUUCGAGGCCUUGGAAGCUCUAGAGGAGGCCAUGCAAAACCCCACAGAGGAUGGCCAGAGCCUGGAAGAGCUCUCCUCCUGCUUCUACACCGUCAUCCCACACAACUUCGGCCGAAGCCGACCCCCACCCAUCAACUCCCCCGACAUUCUUCAGGCCAAGAAGGACAUGCUGCUGGUGCUAGCGGACAUCGAGCUGGCCCAGACCUUACAGGCAGCCCCUGGCGAGGAGGAGAAAGUGGAAGAGGUGCCACACCCACUGGACCGAGACUACCAGCUCCUCCGGUGCCAGCUUCAACUGCUGGACUCUGGGGAGUCCGAAUACAAGGCAAUACAGACCUACCUGAAACAGACUGGCAACAGCUACCGAUGCCCAGCCCUGCAGCACGUUUGGAAAGUGAACCGGGAAGGGGAGGGAGACAGGUUCCAGGUCCACUCCAAACUCAGCAACCGGAGGCUGUUGUGGCACGGCACCAAUGUGGCCGUGGUGGCUGCUAUCCUCACCAGCGGGCUCCGAAUCAUGCCACAUUCGGGAGGUCGUGUUGGCAAGGGUAUCUAUUUUGCCUCGGAGAACAGCAAGUCAGCGAGCUAUGUUACUGCCAUGCGCUGUGAGGGCCACCAGGUGGGCUACAUGUUCCUGGGCGAGGUGGCCCUCGGCAAAGAGCACCACAUCACCACGGAUGAUCCCAGCUUGAGGAAUCCACCCCCUGGCUUUGACAGCGUCAUCGCCCGAGGCCAAACAGAGCCUGAUCCCGCACUGGACAUUGAAUUAGAGCUGGAUGGGCAGCCGGUGGUGGUGCCCCAAGGCCGACCUGUGGCGUGCCCAUCUUUCAAAAGCUCCAGCUUCAGUCAGAGCGAGUACCUCAUCUACAAGGAGAGCCAGUGUCGCCUGCGCUACCUGCUGGAGGUUCACCUCUGAGCUGCUGGCCCUCUCCAGGCCCCGCCCGGCCCGCCCUCCGGGCCAUGGUCUUCACCCUCCUCUCUCUGGCUCCCAUAACACUUUGUCUCCCAAGAAUAUAACACAUGCCAGGCACGCACGUGGCACACACCCGUAGCCUCAGCUACUGGUGGCAGGGGCAGAGUCAAGAAAAGCAUUUUACCCUGGGAUUUGGACUCUAACCUAGGCUACAUAGUAAGACAUGUCUCAAAAAAUUACAAUCACGAAUCAAAAGCAAAUAACAAUGUUUUGAAGCAGGCCAUGAUUCCCUCCUAUAAUCCCAGUACUUGGGACACUGAGACAGGAGAAUCACUGUGUGUUCAAGGUCAGCCUAGGUGAGAUAGUUCCAGGCUAGCCUGAGCUAUAGAUGAUGACCCUGCCUCAAAAAUAUAGAAGCCAGCCGGGCGGUGGUGGCGCAUGCCUGUAAUCCCAGCACUCUGGGAAGCAGAGGCAGGAGGAUUUCUGAGUUCGAGGCCAGCCUGGUCUACAGAGUGAGUUCCAGGACAGCCAGGGCUACACAGAGAAACCCUGUCUCGAAAAAACCAAAACCAAAUCCAAAUAUAUAUAUAUAUAUAUGCCAACGUUCCAGUCAAUAAUAGACUGCACAUACUAAACUUAUGUCACCUAAUGACACCGUUGCCAUUUCAGAUUAUGUGAAUGGGUCUACACACAAUGACAAAAUCACUCAGCGACACGUGCGUGAGAACGUAUCACCAUCAUGAGGUGGAAAACGACCUCACAUUGUCAUUAUCUAUAAUCAAUGUUGUGCAAUAGAUUCUUAAACUCA